UGAAUCUGAUCACCGGAUCACCGAAUGCAAAGACUUGUAAUGAAAGUUCUGAAAGUUCAAAAAGGCGCCAGUGAGAUGGAAUCAAGAACAUUGUUAGUAUAGCCAUGUUUUUCAAGCUUGUAAUAAUUCUCGUAGUUAUUGUCGUAGCAGCAGCUGAAGAUAUCAGCUUCAUUUACAAUGGUUUCGAGUCUGGUGUAGAUAUUUGGCAAGAUGGCCCCAGAGGGGGAGUCAUGGUUGAUGGUUUAUUGAGAAUAAGGCAACGAGCGAGUCAUACCUUCUACGCCAAGCCAGUAACCUUCAAAAAUGACUCAUCAUCCGGUUCAGAAGUUUUCUCCUUCUCUACCACUUUCGUCUUCGCUAUCAGAUCAGAAUACAAAACUCUCAGCGGCCAUGGACUCGCCUUUGUUAUCUCUCCAACUCUAGGACGUCCCGGAGCUCUUCCAAGCCAGUACUUGGGCCUUUUCAAUGCCUCCAACAAUGGGAAUAUGAGCAAUCAUGUUUUUGCUGUGGAGCUGGACACGAUUCAGAGCGCUGAGUUCAAUGACAUCAAUGAAAAUCAUGUUGGGAUCGACAUCAAUGGAUUGGACUCUGUAAAGUCAGCAACAGCAGGAUACUACGUUAAGGACGGAAGGUACCCAAGGAAAUUGAGCCUCAUCAGUGGUAAUCCAAUGAAAGUUUGGGUCGAAUAUGAUGGUACCCGGAAGCAAAUUAAUGUUACUUUGGCUCCGAUUAAUGUUGGUAAGAAACCCCGAAUUCCACUCUUGUCUUUAAAAUAUGACCUUUCCCCAGUUCUUAACAAAAUUAUGUAUGUUGGCUUCUCCGCAUCCACCGGCUCAAUUAAAACAUUCCAUUAUAUUUUGGGCUGGAGCUUUAGGAUGAAUGGCCAAGCUCAAGAACUUGUUCCUUCACAGCUUCCCAAAUUGCCUAGUAUAGGAGACAAGAAAGUGUCUAAACUUCUGACCUUUGGUGUGCCUGUGAUGGCUGUGAGUUUAGUUUUGCUAGCGAUUUGUCUUGUGGUUUUUGUCAUGAGAAGGAAGAAGUACGCAGAACUACUUGAAGAUUGGGAGCUCGAGUAUGGGCCUCAAAGGUUUAAAUACGAAGAAUUGUAUAAAGCCACUAAAGGGUUUGGAAAGGAAGUGCUCUUGGGUGUUGGGGGAUUUGGUGAGGUCUAUAGAGGUAUCUUACCCACCUCUAAGAUUGAGAUCGCUGUGAAGAGGGUUUCGCAUAAAUCAAGACAGGGAAUAAAGGAAUUUGUAGCCGAAAUUGUUAGCCUUGGCCGGCUUCGUCACCGGAAUUUAGUACAACUCUUGGGCUAUUGCAGGCGAAAUGGUGAACUACUUUUGGUUUAUGACUACAUGCCUAAUGGUAGCUUGGAAAAGUACCUCUAUAACCAACCGAAGAUUACUCUAAACUGGAGUCGGAGGUUUAGAGUCAUCAAAGGUGUGGCUUCAGGGUUGUUUUAUCUUCAUGAAGAGUGGGAACAAGUAGUAAUUCACAGAGAUGUGAAGGCUAGCAAUGUGCUACUAGACCAGGAAUUGAAUGGAAGACUAGGAGAUUUUGGACUUGCAAGAUUAUGUGCCCAUGGGACAGACCAUCAAACUACUCAUGUAGCUGGCACACUUGGGUAUUUAGCCCCGGAGCAUGCAAGAACUGGUCGGGCCACCACGAGCACAGACGUGUUUGCUUUCGGGGCAUUUUUGCUCGAAGUUGCCUGUGGAAGAAGGCCAAUAGAGACACAAGGACCAGAGGAGGAUAUCAUUUUGGCUGAUCGGGUUUUCUUGUGUUGGAAUAAAGGUAAUAUUCUAGAGGCAAGAGAUCAAAACUUGGGUAACGAUUUUGUAGUUGAGGAAGUGGAAUUGGUGCUGAAGCUUGCGUUGUUGUGCUCUCGUUCACCGCCUGUAGCUAGGCCAAGCAUGCGACAAGUGAUGCAGUAUUUGGACGGUGAUAUUGCUCUCCCGGAGUUGUCACUUCUUCGGCUCUCUUCAAGUGGUUCAGCAUUUGCGCAAGUUGAAGGUUCUGAGGAUGUUGAAAUGGCAUAUAAGUGUUCAUACGUUCCAGAGUCGACCCUCCUCUCAGGUGGUCGCUGAAUCCAAAUCAAGUAUAUUCACAACCGAACACAAGUCAUGCUUAUUGGUUGUGCACCUGAAUGUAUGUUCUAUUCAAUUUUCAUAUUAUUUUUUGGGAAAGUACUUGUGAGCGUGGACCACCGAAACACGUUAUUUAUAUGGUUUUGUACAAAAGCAAUGUAUGUUCAGUUCCUAUAAAACCUAUCACCAAAAUAUAGGGCUAAACGGAGCAAAAUCUUUUGUCUUGGUCGAAAUUUGACUAUACUUUGUAUUAUUUAUCCUAUUAUAAGAGCAAC